AUGGCCUGGGCUCAAAAUAAUGGCUUUGACGUUGACUCCCUCACCGUAAUCGAUCGGGAAACACUUGAUAAGGUGUAUGAUGCCUCCAACAACGAGAUGCAAUUCCUCGGUGGAGUUUCAAUAGCGGUGAAAAUUGAAGGCGGAUCUGAGUAUGAAGUUGCCUUCUACAUAUCGAAGGAGAAAGGCCAUGAGGUGCUAUUCGGAACAAACGCACUGGGAAGCUUAGGGGUUCAGAUCCACCUGCCUAGGGCACCAUUAGUCCCCAUACAAAGGUCAAGCCAUAGAGGGAAAGUCACCGUUGCAAGAAGGACCUACAUACUGCCAUACAGCUCGGCCGUGGUGCAAGCAUGUUGUGAAAUUAAUGAAGGUUCUGUUGAACGCAUUAUAUGGCCAAUUUCAAAUGGAAUGGCGGCAGGGGUGUUCAAAAUAGAAAAUUGUGAAUGUGCGAUUCCGGUAAUAAACGAAAAAAGCGAACCAAUGAUGUGGAGAGAAGGUGAUGAGAUCGGGCACUGGAGACUGAGAAGUGGAGAGAAGGAUGGGAUGAGCUGA